AUGGUGACAGCUACUCUGAUUCUGGUGUCGUCCUAUCUAUUCCAAAAGCCGCCAGCUAUUCUCCGACUUAUUUCUUGGCUUUCGCUGCCCUUUUCGCUUCUGCUGCCGCUUUUUUCACCACCUACUAUUCUUGAUAGAAUGUCAUGGUUUAUCUGUUCACUGUUUGUGCCAUACUCAUUGCUAUCGAUAGCUUACGAAUCGACUUUCAUGUUAUGUUUCGUUCCACUAUUAUUAAUGUAUCUACGGUUUGAGUUCGGUCAUAUGUCGGCUACCGACUUUCUCAAUCUUCCAGCCGAUCGGUCAUUCAGUGUUGUCUGCACUUCGCCAUCACGUCGCGUAGCCGGCGCAGAGUUGAGUCGCGCGGUAAUUUGUGUUAGCUUUGUAUUGGCUGCCAUAUUUGGUACUGGAAAUUUCGCAUCAAUGAAUUCGUUCAAUCCGUCGACUUUGAGUCGAUUUAUCUCAGUGUUCAGUCCAUUCACAAUGGCAACGCUACUCGUAUUGAAAAUAUUUAUACCUUUGUUGAUGAUAUCACUACUGUUCGCAGCGGUUCUACGAUUUGAUCACGAAGCUAUUCAACGGCAUUCAUGUUUGGUGCUUAUUAUUACAGAUCUCAUGGCUAUGUGCUUUUUCCAUCAGCUCAAGGAUGACGGGAGUUGGCUGGACAUUGGCUUGAGCAUAUCUCAAUAUCUGAUAUCCAUAUGUACAUCUGUUGCUAUUUUGUUGCUAUUAUUAUGUGCUAGUACUCUAAUGACUACCAUGUUAUCCAGUUACAAUGUAAAGAAGCUCAAAAGUGUGUUAAAGGGUGAACAAAACGAUUGCCUUUUAUGA